GGCCUUGCUUCAGUGUCGGUGAUGAUUAAUGCAUUGCUCGACAGCCGAGAGUCUUGAUGCGAUGUGAAGCGCUUCUUGUCCCAAGCUUUACGGCGUUCUUGGACCGCCAGACGCCUGAUUUCCCACCUUUGAGAGUCGUCGAAUUUGCUGGGAGAGGCAAGAGAGGCACUUGAGCGACAUGGCGAAGCUUGCGGAAGGAAACGCAGGCACCGUUGGCGCCGUGCCAAAGACACCACAACACUCCUCCACCCCUAUCAAAAUCAUGGUGACGGGCGGUCUUGGAUUUGUAGGUUCGGCAAUUGUCCGAUCCUUGCAGGAACUCCAUCCUGAAUGGCACAUCUGGAUUCUCGACAAGGCUGAAGAUCCACGGGGAAGAAACCAUGACGCACGAGAUGAUGAGCUGGACUUACUCAAGGGGUGCAAAUAUGAUUAUGUGCAGGCCGACAUCACGGAUCAGACCAGUGUCAUGAACGCUCUUGCCAUGAUCAAUGCAGAUGCCAUCGUCCACUCAGCAGGCAUUGUGCCAUCGUUGAGCGAGAGGUAGGUCCGUCUCGCGGGCGGUGCAAGCGGUGCUGUACGAAGACUGCAGCUUCCGUCUCCAGGCGCCGAGUCUCGUUUUCUCCCCCGAUGGGCGAUGUGUGCGUCGUCCCUCUAUCAGUCUCGAAAUUUCGCAAUCAUGCACAAUGGCUCAUUCACUUUGUUCUGGCAGGUAUGCACGACGCCUAGAAGCCUUUGUCAAGGCUGUCAACGUGGAAGGGACGCGGCACAUGGUUGAGGCGGCCAGAAAAGGCAGAUGCAAAGCAUUUGUGUAUACGAGUAGUUGCUGCGCCGUGAUAGACGACAUGAGUCAGGCCUAUGCCAACAUCGACGAAAGAUGGCCGGUCUCGCCCAAAUCGUCCAUCUAUGGCGAGAGUAAAGCCGAAGCCGAGCAGAUAGUGAUUGCAGCCAACGACCAGUCCAUGUCCACAUGCGUUCUGAGACCGUCGGUGCUGUUUGGCGAGGGAGACAACCAGCUGGUACCACCGAUUCACGCCUGCAUUGCCAAGGGAGAGACUCGCUGGGUGAUUGGGGAUGGCAGGAAUCUUUGGGACACGACUUACGUCGGCAAUGUGGCUGACGCGCACGUUCUGGCGGUUGAAAACCUGUUGGAUUUCCAAUCAGCGGAAUCAAAGCGUGGGUGCAACGGCCAAACCCGAGCGGAAAGCGCCGCAGGGGAGACGUUUUUCAUCCAAAACAACGAACCCAUCUCUUUUCGUGAAUUCAGCCUUGCUGUUUGGAAAGAGUUUGGGCAUUUCCCGCCUGCCUGGGAAAUUCACAUUCCAGAAGGACUGGGAUGGGUCCUAGGGUUGGUCGCGGAAGUCUUUACGCGAGUCUCGGGCACUCCAACGACCCUCUCGCGUGGAAGCGUAAUGGACGCCUGCGCGAUGCGUUAUGCCAGCGGUGAUAAGGCCAGGAGGAUUCUCGGCUAUCAGCCUCGAGUAGGCCUUGAAGCGGGAAUCAGGACAAGCUGUGAGCACUAUGCUAGACGACUGAAGAGAGGCCGCCAUUGAAUCAGACGGUAGCCCCCUUCCGUGCCGAAUGAUGAUACGCAGUACGUACGAGAAAUCCACCGCGUGGGUAAGUGUGGAAUGCUUCGGUUGAUGCUACUCUGCCAAAGGUGCCGGACCUGGUCUUGCAGUAGACAAAGGCUUUGCCAUAUGAUGAGAUUAAGUCAGCACUAUGUAAUCGGGGAUCGGUGCUUUGAGGGUGCGGGAUUUUUGGAUGGCGUUGGGCAGAGUUCGCCAUAGUGUGGUCGUAGUGAGCUGAAGGCCAGGAACAUGGUAUCGGCAGAGGGUAAAAGGGUGUCGUUGAGACUCGAGCCGCCUGCGAACUUGGUUCUUUACCCAGCAGUGCUUACCCGGGUUAGGAUCUAGACCUGGAAAGCCGCCGGGUACCUGCUUGGGAAUCCUGGGAAUAUGCAGCACUGGCAAGCAUUAGUGAGGGGGCCAAAAUGAUGCAC